AUGCCGCUCCGCCUGCCGCGCCCGUCCGGCUCGCUCGCCCUCGCUCACUGGUCCCGAGCCCUCGUCCACCCGCACUUCGCGCCCGCGCCCGUGGGCGAUGCCCUGAGGCCCUCGGGUCGCUGUGGCUACAGCUCGAGCUCGUCUGCCGGCCGCUCGAGCAGCCGCGACGGCUCCCCGCGCGUCAACAAGCCCACGACCACCACCACCUCCGCCUCGCCCUCCCCCCGCUCCUCGUCCCCAGCACCCAAGCCCUCGCACGCCGCCAAGCCCAACACCCUCGCCGCCCUGAAGUCGCCCCAACCCGAGCUCAAGCGCGCGUUCGAGCUCCCGCACGUCCGCCAGGGCCUCGUCGGCCUCGACGCCUUCUUCGCCGGCCCGCGUCCGCUCCUCGAGCUCCCCCUCCCCCUCGGCACCCGCCGCUCCACCUCUGCCGCCACCACCGACAGCGCACACGUCCCCGGCGAGCGCCUCGACCUGCUCGCCACCCGCGCCGAGGCUGACGAGGACGUCCUCGUCGUCGACCAGGCCGACGACGGCUCGCCCGUCGGCGAGCCCUACCUCGCCCGCCUCAAGCCCAUGCAGUCGCUCAAGACGGUCGACGAGGAGCUGGCAGCCGAGGCGGCCGAGGAGGCCGACCUCAUGCAGCGCCCCGACGAGGCCUCGGGCGUCGCCGACCGCUUCCUGUCGCACGCCAACUUCCUCUGGCGGUGGCACGCCCGCAACGACUUUAUCGACGCGGCGGGCGAGCCCUUGCGCCAGGCCGGCGCCUACUACGCCGGUACGCCAGCACUCGCGCCGUCGCCGUCGCUCGAGGCGGGCGCCGACGCGCAGGGCUCGAUCCGCAUGUGGCGCGAGCACGACGGCUGGGUCGACGUCGCCGUCGGGCUCGGGCGCGGCGACAGCGUCUUCCUCCCCGCCGACAUGGUCGACCUCGACGCGGGCGACGUCGAGAUCCGGCUCGACUCAACCAAGCGCAAGCGCAGGACCAAGAUGAAGAAGCACAAGUUCAAGAAGCGCAGAAAGGCGCAGCGUGCGCUCAGGCAGCGGCUGGGUAAGUAGAAGCGGUCGGUGCGGCCGCCGGCGAAAUUCACACUUUCUUACGCAAGG